AUUAAUUUCUGUCUUAAUUCAACUCGAUUUAAGGCGGACUUGGAGUCCGGCAGACGACGGUCAAAAUAAUGAAGCAGAAGCCCUUUUGCAUGGACGAACGUCAAAUUUGUGAGACUCAUUAAUGUCUUCGAACGUUUGAAUGUUGCAGAAAUAAAUUCUCUGUUUGACAUUACUUUUUCUUUCCUAGAAACGUGAAUUUGAUCGUGUGCUUCUCCUUUCUUUUAAUUUUUUGUGUUUGUUUUUUGAUGGAUUCGAAAGAUCUGGAGGAAAUUUCUUUUCCUGCGAAGAAAUGAAGAAAUUUGAGGGGCUGUGGAGAUUUUUAGAAAGAUAUAGGGUUUGAGGGGAAAAUUUAGAAAUUUUCUUUGUUUUUAAGGGUGGAGGGAAAGGCUUUGGCUUGUUUUGGUGGAAGAAACGGAGGAUUUAGAGUGUGCAAAAAGAAAACGAAGGAUUUUGAUUGCUGUGACAAAAAAUUUGAAGGAUUGUGCAUGUUUUGGUCAAAGGAACGAAGGAUUUUGCUUGUUUUGGUUAAGAACGAAGCAUUUCCCUUGUUUUAGUCCUAGAAAGAAGGAUUUUCGUCCUUUUCGCUGUUUUUGGGAAGAAGUUGAUGUUUGUGAGUAAGAACGAGACUACUCGGCAAAAAUAUGUAGAAAUUUGAACCGCUGUAGAGACAUUUGGAAAGAUUGAGUUUGAAAAAAAAGGCUUUGAGAUCUUGUGUUGCUUUCGGUAAGAAAACGGAGGAAUUUUAAUAUUUUAUUUCUGCUGAUUUUGGGGAAGAAAACGAAGGAUUUUGAAGAUUGUGUGUUACUUUCAGCAAGGAAAAGAAGGAUUUUGCAGUUUUUAUGUCGCCGCUGGCAAAAAGAAAGUGUUUUGAAGCGGAAUGAGAUUUUCCGGGAAGAAAAUCUAGAAAUUUAAGAAGCGGUGCAGAAAUUUCAGAGGAUUUAGUCCUUGAUCAGAAAAGGCUAAAUUUUUUUGUACCGCUUUUGGCAAGAACGAAGGUUCCAGAGGAUUGUAUUGAUUUCUUUUGGUACGAAACUAAAGGCUUUGUAGUAGAGCGAUAGUUUAGGUCAAAGAAUAGAGGAAAAGACCCGUUUUGUUUGAUAUUUGCAUUUAUUUGGUCAAGUAUCUGAGCAUUUGAGGGGUUGUCAAAAGUUCGUGCUCCUACGAGUUGUCUUUCAGUAUCUUGAGCCGCUCUCUGUAAAGAAAUGAAAUUUAGGCCAUUUAUGUAAUUUUGACUGCUUCUUGUUCUGAUCAGUGACACUGAAGUUUGUAUAUUUACCUUCGAGCCCUUUGAAUUAAGGGGCUUUAUAAUUUUCAAAACUGGGUAUCUUUGAUCUGGAAAUAUGGAUCUUUGUAUCCAUUCAGAAGAUUUCUCUCUGAGCCGAUCUGCAUUCAGUACAUAAUAUAGAUUCCUUGAAUAUUUUAUUUUCUUUUCCUGAGGAGGCGGCAGUUCUAAUUCUUUUCACUAUUGUUUACAAAUCCUUUAUACAAGGAGAGAAAAUAAUAGUGAAGUCAACAUGUCUUUCAAAAGCAUAGUGCGGGAGAUCAAGGAGAUGCGGAACGGGAUCGGUAAUAUAUCCAGAAGGCGAAGUUUUGACCUGAGGGUUUUGCAGCAGCACAAAGCAAGGUCCAACAGCACUGUAAGCGAAUCGCAGUGCCAGUUUCUUUUUGUUCAGCAGAGUAAAUGGGCCAAUCUACCCCCUGAAAUACUCUAUGAUGUGAUUCACCGCCUCGAUGCCAGUGAGGCAACAUGGCCCUCUCGGAAAAAUGUGGUUGCAUGUGCUGGGGUGUGCAAAUCAUGGAGGGAGAUCACCAAAGAAAUCGUCAAAACGCCAGAGCAAUGUGGAAAACUUACUUUUCCCAUAUCAUUGAAGCAGCCUGGGCCGCGUGAUGCACCCAUACAAUGCUUUAUCAAACGAGACCGGGGGACCUCUACGUACCACUUGUUCCUUGGUUUAAGUCCUGGCCUGAUUGUUGAAAAUGGCAAAUUUCUCUUUGCUGCCAAAAAAGUUAGACGCCCCACAGGUGGUACAGAUUAUGUAAUUUCUAUGACUGCGGAGGACUUUUCCCGUUCAAGUAAUACAUAUGUGGGCAAACUGAGGUCAAACUUCUUGGGUACAAAGUUCACAAUAUUUGAUAGUCAACCUCCUCACAGUGGUGCAGUAGUGUCAAAUACUCGUUCAAGUCGGAGGUUCUAUUCCAAACAAGUAUCUCCAAAAGUACCUGCAGGAAACUAUAACAUUGCAAACAUUGCUUAUGAGUUUAAUGUACUUGGUACUAGAGGACCAAGAAGAAUGCAAUGCACAAUGCAUUCUAUUCCAGUUUCAUCUAUUCAGGCUGGAGGGUGUGCACCAACACCCACAGAAUUUCCUCAUUCCUUGGAUGAUUCCUUUUCAAUGUCAUUCUCUUCCCAUUUGAAGGAGCCACUUGUGGAUUUCAGCAGCUCAAACUUAUCAGAAGUUGCGAUCAAUGUUCUCAGCAAAGAUGGACCUCUUGUCUUGAAAAACAAGGCUCCAAGAUGGCACGAACAGUUACAGUGUUGGUGCCUUAAUUUCAGAGGGCGGGUCACAGUAGCAUCUGUGAAAAACUUUCAGCUUGUUGCAGCUGUCGAACCUUCACAGACUAUUACACAGGCUGAUCAGGACAAAGUCAUUCUUCAGUUUGGGAAGAUCGGCAAAGACAUAUUUACCAUGGACUAUCGUUACCCCCUAUCAGCUUUCCAGGCCUUUGCUAUAUGUCUAAGCAGCUUUGACACAAAACUAGCUUGUGAAUGAUAUAAUUUGCCCGCACUCAUUCAAGGAGUUCAUUGAUCCAAAGAAGUAUUUUAGGGUGAAAGUUUGGAUAAACAAAUUCUUCAAGUUUAAAAUGCUGACAAGGCUUUCAGGUGCGAUUAAAUCCUCUCUUGGAUUCAGAGCAUUUUCGAAUUGGUUUCAGGGGACAGGAAUAUCACUCAGGCAGCUCCUUUGAAAUACCACUUUGUGUUUCUGCAACUUUUGCCCUUGAAAAAAUAAAGUAAAUACAGAACUACUGGCUGCUAUGCCUUGAUUUGAGAAAAUUGUAUUUGCUUGAACCCAGGGCACUGACGAGUUUGAGAUGCUACCAAGCAGUUUCUUUCAAACUGGGGUAUUUAAUCAUUUGUACUGCUUGUUGCACCUAUAGAGAACUAUACCCAUCUUUUGAUUUA